AUGGACUUCAAACAAGCGUAUGACCGAAUGCGCCCUGAGGUUAGUACUUUGCUGCUUAAGCGUUUGAACUGGCCUGUUGAGAUUUGCGAUCUUCUCUAUGAAGCCUGGGGCCAACAACACCGUUGGAUCAGCUGGGAAAAUGAAACGUUGUCUUUUCCAGUUCACGCCCCUGCCACACCGCAGGGAUGUCCCCUUGCGCCUCUCCUGUUGGCAGUGUGGACAAGUGCAGGUGCUAGGGCCACUCAUGAUGACCGGUGCACUUUGAAAGUGUACAUGGACGACAGAACCUUGCAUACCUGUUGUUGGGACGCUGUGAUGUCCCAGAUUUCCAGGUGGGAAGCUUGGAGCUUAAGCGUUGGCCUUAAGGAAGGUCCUGAAAAGACCAAAGUGAUUGCCAAAGGGAAAAAACACCUCGAUUUACUGGCCAAGGGGCCUCAAAGUUGGAUUGAAACUGACAUGCGCAUGCUUGGUGCUGUAACUGUAAGUCGCAAACGUGCUUACCAUCAGGUUGAGAAGGACAGAAUUGACAAAGCUCAUUUGAGGGCUGUUCUCUUCAGAAGUGUGGGUCUCCCUUGGGAGCGAGCCUUAGAAGCAUACAAACUGUUCGUCCUCUCUGUGCUCAACUAUGGUUGGCUUGCCCAACCUCCCACGCAGGCCACGGCUGACAAGUUCUUUUCCUUGUUUAACCAGGACGGCGUGUCCGUGGGUCCCACAUGGUCCCACAACUUCCCCUUUUUCACGGCCAAUGAAGACGAUCCCAACGGCAGGUCCCCAAAGCUUCCAGGGACUCAGAACGGUUGGGGACACCUGGGUGGAUGCGAACUAAGUGCUGGCGGCCCCGAUUCUGCGGAAUCGCCUCGCAGCGUUGACAGCGAGGGGCCCUUCACUCGGGGCUUUCCGGAUCCCACCUCCAUCGAGGAGCAGAAACUGGCCUACUGCAGGAGCCUUGAACAUCAGCUUGAAGAGGGCAACAAAUCUCUUCAGCAGCAAAAUAUCGAGAGGAAGAAGCAGCUGCACGAGGCAGCGGAACAGCAAAAACAAGCUCUGCUGCUGCACAUGGAGCAGCAGGUCAAAAUGCAGGAAAUGGCUUUGGAUGAGCAAACCAACCAUGCUUUGAUGGGCCUGAAGAAAGCGGCUCUUGACCAAAGGGCUGCGCUUGAACAACAAGCUGCGUCUCUGACUCUGGAGUACCAGCAGAGGAAAAUGCAAGAAGAGUUUGCCGCUACCCAGGCGGAAAUGCAGAGGCAAUAUGUUGACUCCGCAACGAAACUGCAUUCGGAGGUCCAACAGAAUCAAUAUGAGUCCAAGAGCAAGAUGCAACGUGAGUGGGAAAGGCAGCUCAAAGAACGACAUGAAGUGCUGGGUCCAGCGUCGAUGAACAUGCCGCCUCCCAUGAUUCCCCAGGCGCCGGUGGGAACGAUUGCCUCGGUGGGGUCCAUGCGCCACGUGCCAAUGCCGGUACGUACUGUGGUACCAUCCUCGCCUAGCUACUCCUCCUGCUCCGUUCCGGUGCAAACAAGGCCACCGCAGGUUGCCAGCUUCCGCUAUGCUUGA